AUGUCUUCCGGGGCAACCACGAGCACUGCGUCCUUCGCCACCCAGCCGUGCGCCCCUUGCACGACCUCCCCAAACAUCGCACUGCGCCACCCGUUAGAACCCGUCCAGGAUUUAGGAGCCGGUGACAUAGAGGUUGAGGGAGAUGAGGACAGUCUAAUGGACCAUAUUCCGGUAAAAGAUGAGGGGAGGGGAGCCGGUGGAGUGGUAGUUGGCAGAUGUGAUGAGCAUAGAGGGUUAGAGGAAGGGAAGAAGCCGGUGACAGGGGAUGCAGACAAAGAGAUGAACGGAUCGGUCGCAGAUGAGUCGUCAGACCAUAGUCACGAGAAGGAAAAGGACGACGAAGGGGACGAGACGGUGGACGAGAGGGAUGGAGAGAAUGGUAGUGAAUGCGAUGAUGACGCGGAACUGAGCGCGGAAGUAUGGAAGAAGCGAUACUUCGCAGUGAAGAAGACCAACAAGCUCCUCGAAAAAGACGUCAAGCGAUACAGGGAAGAAAGUUAUGAGUUGGAAUGGGAGCUUGAGGAAGCGCAAGACGAUUCCCGUUGGUUCAGAGAGUGCGCAGAGAAGAACGAGUGUAAAAAUGAGUCGCUGAUGGUGGAGAGUCAGAGGUUGAAGGCGGAGAACGAGCGCCUGGUGGAGCGGGCUGACUGUGCGGAGCACAAGUACGAAGCUUUGGUCCAAGCACGGGCGGGCCAGGUCGAGCAGACCUUGAAACGCGAUGUCAAAGAGUCAACGAUACGACUCGACAAGGUGACUGAAAAGAAGUCAUUGCGGCGGAAAGCUGACGACAUGGGAUGCAUAAAAAUAAUGGGUGAAGGGCAAAAGGAAUGGGUAGAUACCAUUGCGACGUCGGGUGACGAGAGUGAUAGCCAGCCUGAGAUGAAAGAGGCAAGGGUUAUAGCGAGGGAAGGCGACGAGCUCGUGGUCAAUCAUGGCGAUGUGGCGAAGACAAAUGACGAGAUGAAGAGCACAAUUACGGUACUGAUCAGGAGGUUGGCAGACCUAGAGAAGGAGAACCUUCAUCUGCAUAGUCAGCACGAAAAAUUGUUCACUGUCAAGUCUCCGGUCAAUUCUAGGAAGAGGGUGUUGGAUGAGGAUUCCACAGAGACACAAAAUCAUUGGAAGAAGGCUGAAAGCCGGAGGAAAACGAAUACGCAGAGGUUGAGAGAGUGA